CGAGGCUUUGCGAGACGGCGAGCCUAGCCGCGCGCGCCGACGAAGCUCGUGAUCGUGCCCCCGCGCCGUGCCCGCAACCUUGUAUUUGCAUAACACAAUAAAUAUCAGCUGGGCGAGCAACCCACAUUUGCAAAUUGGUUAGCAAUACUGUCGUGAGUUAGGCCUGAAACAAAUGCCCGACAUAGAUUUCUAGUUUUUCUUUCCCUAAGCGACGCCUGGGUAUUCCGAAGGUUAUAAUCUGAAAAAGAGGCAUGGCACAAGGACCGACGGUAAUUCAAAUUUUCGCAUUAUGUGCGAUAAGUUUGACCGCAGUGACAUUGGCGGGUGCUGGCUCUAUUGUCUCGCAGAGCUUCCCCGUACCGCGACUGAGCGUGAACCUUGACUCUCCGCCAGAGGAACGAUGGAGCCCCGCAAUGCAUCAUUGGAAUUUGGAUCAGAUGAGAGCGCUUUUCAUGAAAACACUUGGUCAAGUUGUGCCUGUGGAAGCUCUUCCGUUGGUGGAAAAGAUUGGAGAUGUCUUGGAUGAUCUCCUCCCGGAGCCUUACGCAGGAGAAAUCAGGGGCAUUGCAAACACCAUUGGCAUUGGUGUCGGCCAGAUGGCUGUUAUCAACAUGCUCUAUGAAUUCACAGCGGCUUGUACCAGUAUCGUAGCCCAAGAUGCGAACGGAACCAUCUGGCAUGGACGAAACCUGGACUAUAAUUUCACAGACGCCAUGAGGAAUAUCUCGGCAAUCAUUGACUUCAAAUCACAGGGAAAGACUGUGUACACUACCACUUCUUUUGUGGGUCAAGUGGGAGUCUUUACUGGCAUGAAACCGUAUAAAUUCACCAUCAGCCUGAACGAGAGAGAUAAGGGGAAAGCAAUUGAAAACAUCGUUGAGAUGUUACAAGCCCUGCUCCUGGGGCAAGUCAAGUUUACAACCUUCGUUUUGAGAGAUGCCCUUGCCAAUGAUAACAGCUUUGAUGAGGUUGUUCAACGGUUUACCAGCGAGCAAGAGGUUGCCCCAGCCUACCUCAUUGUUGCCGGUGUCGACCCGGGGGAAGGAGUGGUCAUCACCAAGGCCAGGGUAACGACCGUGAAUGUAUGGAGGCUGGACCUAUCGGGGAACAGAUGGUUCUUGUUAGAGACAAACUAUGAUCACUGGGUGCCUCCCCCUAAGGAUGACGAUAGAAGAGAUCCUGGAAACAAGGCUAUGAAUUCUGUAGGUCAGAAAAACAUUGACAACAACACAAUGUGGAAUGUCUUGUCGACGCAGCCAGUACUGAAUGACCAAACUAUCUACACUACCUUGAUGAGUGCUGCUAAGCCAGAGAUCUACAGUACACGCUUGAGGACACUCCCUGGCUUGUAAGACCAGGUCCAGGUCCAGGUGGUAGUAGGGCCAAGUCCUAAACAAUCACGGAAAAAUACUUUUGCUUUUACCUUUAAUCUCAUGGGAGAUGAUAAAUCCCAUGAUGCACUAAACCACUGUAUAAC